AUGAAUGAGAUGAGACAUGGACUUGUUCUACAGCGUGGUUUGGACUCUGGAUUGAUUCAAGGAGAGCGAAGAGUGGAUUUCAUAAGCGUGAGAGGCGUCUUUCCGGGAGAACAGCAGUGCAGGAGGUACAAUGGAUCAGAGUCUACGGAAAUUGCUAUCCACUGCCUCAAAAGGUCUUCUUCUGCUACUGUAAUAUGGGCUGGGAUUCUGAGCGAGCCACGAGCCUGCGCGAACACUAGCAAGAAGGAGCAUCGUACUCAAUACUACUCUUCGGAGGUCAGGAAACUGGUCACUGGGCUGUUAUGCCUUGCAGGGCCCCUGCUUCGGGCGGAGAGGAGAGCAGGAGCAACACCGUCUGAACACACUCCUCAGCCUUUUGUAUACAUUGAGCCCUUCUCCUUCCUUCUACUGAUCUUCGAGGGACAGGGAUGUUUUGCAGGAGAGCAGAGACGCAGCGCGGGAAGGAAAUCUCCUCUCCUCCUCCCAGGCUGCGCCAACAUCUCACGCUGGCUUCAGGAAACUUCGAAGACUCACUCAUGGCUCCUAGCUGGCCUUCUCCUUCUCUCUGCUCUGCGUAGAAGAGUUCAGAGGAAGAGCAAGCAUGUACGGCAAGCACUGGGCGAGCUCCAAGAUCCGCUGAACACUCCGAGAGGAGCCCAUGAUGCGUCAAGUGGCCGAUCAAUUGCAGUGGACACAUGCCCCCCCCCCCCAUUCCAAGCUUCUCCUUCUCUUCUCCAUUACGCCAGGCGACAGGAGCCAGCAUGCAAGGCAAGGCAAGGCAAGGCAAGCACUGACGGACCUCAGUAUCCGCUGCUUUCCCUUUCGCUGUUCUAUACCACACAUCACGAACCCUCUCCCAACCCCGAUCAUGAGCCAAAGCUCUUUCUUCUUCGCUUCCUCUUGAGAUCACAGCGCCGCAUCCACCCCGUUUCCGGACCGUCGACGAUCACGCUGCCAUCCACAGCAUCGCCUCAGCGCAAAUCACAUUGCGUCCACAUCACUUUCCGUCCCCAAAAACUUUCCUGCCCACAUUUCAUAGAUCCAACACCCUUUCUCCCUCCACAAACGCCAACAUCCUCACAGCGCAUUCUCAUCCAUUUGCAAGUCUUUGCGAGCCAGGUCACGCAUCCUCGGCGCCAUGUCGGUGGUGUUUUUUUUUCGGGGUUCUGGAAUUUCCAUGUUUUGCAAGUUGGGCUAGAAGUGGAAGGUGGUGGAUGGAGUGUGGAAAAGUUCUGGUAUGAGGAGGUUGAGAAGAGAAGACUUGCUGAGAAUUUAACAUGUAUGUUUCGAUGGAAAGCCAAUCAUCUUGUACAUGCUCCUCCUAUACCCCAGACGGUCAAUGUCUCACGGCUUGGUGCAAACAUACUGGCAGACCUCGCUGCUCGUCUUCAAAAGCAGUUCCAUGAUCACCUGCUCUGGAUGGCAAAGCUAUGGAUCUGCCAAGUCUUUCAGCCUAUCCUGCUCUAUCUGAGUGCCAGUCAGAAUACAGAAGGAGAUUCCAUGAAGGUCACUGACAUGCUGUAUCUCUGCAGGUCAAGUUUCUCUCAAAAAUCCAAAUUGCUCUGCGUCAAUUUUGUGGGACGUUUGAACCACUUCUGCCUCCUGCGACAUCCAUCUCGACUCUGUAGUAUUCUCCUGACUCCCCUUUCCUUCCGCGCCAUCCUUGACUUCCACAAACACCACCCACAGCCAAAGUCUUGUAUAGAUCCUCUUGAUCUUCGGUCUCGCGCACUCGCUCUUGGUGUUGAGCUGCAGCCCAUUGACGACAGAGUGCUGGGGCGCUGGGUGAUAGCCGGACUUCCUCUGCUGAUCUCGGAAGCGAGAGUACGACUUGGGGGUACUGCCUCAGAUCAUGACCGCGUACAGUGCCACAUUGUAGCCCGGGGCGUGGGGGAUAGCCGGACUGAUAUCCAGAAUCCUAAGUGCCCAGUGCUACAGUAUGGAAGUGUAAGCGGUCAUGAUCUGAGGCAGUACCUCCAGUCGUACCCUCGAUUCCGAGAUGAGCAGAGGAAGCGAAAGGAUUGCCGGCGGCGGCCUGCAAGAAUAAAGUUGUUAGAUAUUGCUGGCGUUCAGAGUCGAAUUUUCGUCAUGAGAUGUAGGAUUGGAAUGAGUCUUAAGAAGGACGAUGAGGUUUGUGACGGGGGAUCUGACUUACUUGAUGGACGGGGACUCAAGGAACCGGCCGGCCAGCUGAUGUGCGUACCACAUGCGACUCCUCUCACCAGCCAGCCGACCGGACCAUAUCACAUGCGACUCCUCUCAGCCAGUGUGGAUGAUGUCGGCCGGCCGACGCUCAUACCACAUUCGGCUCCUCUCAGAAGAGUUCGUUGGCAAGAGCGCCGGCCGGGCGAAUGGUGCACGUACCACAUGCGAGCAUCUGAAGACAAAUGCGAUGGUGGAGUGGUGGUCGGAACUUUGCGUGCGAUUGCGGUCAAGGCCAUCACAUGCUCGCCGAUGGGGCUGUGGUAUAUGGGUGAAAUGAACUAUGCUGCUCUCGACAACCGUUAUCGGCACGAUGGCGAAUCAGGCAAAGUUGAACUUACCAUGGCCGCAAGCGGCCCGACAAAACGAUUCCCUCAGUACAUAAGUACCGGGGAACUCGUUGUGUUGGGGCGUAAACCAUCGAGCCGGUAG